AUGAGUGCUCUUAUAAGUACAAGCUUUGCCUUACUUGUGAAAGAGCUAUUUUCCAAUAAAUCAAUUGAUACAUUUAAAGAUAAAAUACUUGAAAAUAUUGAUAUAAAAUCAGCAUAUAUUCUAAAUAAAAGUAUCAAAAAGAAGCAUGUUUCUAAAUUAUUUAACGGAUUUAUGUUCUUUUCUUUUUUAUUAUUCUCAACCGGGUUAGGAUAUUACUACUACACAAAGAUUUAUAAAAAGCAAGCAAAAGAUGAUUCCAACAACAAAACUUAUAUAUUUGGUGACAUUAUUAGUAAGCUCUCUAAGAAAAAAAAUUAA